CCAAUUUCUUCCCCAGUUGGUUGAUGCAUAACCUCUCCAGUUUAUGGAUUUGGUUAGACUCUAUUUUCUCGUUAGUUUUCACUUCAUCAAGUAUGUAUCCCCUAUAUCUGAUCCAUUAGCAAUAUCUCCUCGCCCAGACGACGCCCAGAAUACCAGAGACGCCAAGCAAGCAAACGAUGAGGCGGAGGACGCCCGGAUCUGCUGGAGACACUCCCUAUAACAGAGCACAUAUCUUCAUUGAAGAAACUCGUUAGAACUGAAGCUAAAUAUUUCUCCAGAAACAUACACACACUUCCAUCAAAAUGGGUUCCUACACUCUACCCGCAAUGCAAACCAGUCCCCAAUUCAUCUUCUUCACCGACUUCGACGGCACAAUUACGCAGAGCGAUUCAAAUGAUUUCCUAACUGACAACCUAGGCUACGGCCAGGAGCUCCGAAAGCAAGGGAACCAAGAUGUCUUGAUGGAUAAGAUGUCCUUCCGAGACUCAUUCCAAUCCAUGAUGGAAAGUGUCAAAACUCCUUACGAUCAAUGCAUAAAGACAUUAUUAGAGAACAUCAAGCUCGAUCCGCAUUUCAAGGAGUUUCAUGAUUGGUGCAGGCAGAAUAAUGUCCCUGUUGUGGUGUUGAGUAGUGGUAUGGAGCCCAUUAUUAGGGCGUUGCUGGUUCAUCUUGUGGGGAAGGAGGCGGAUGAUAUUCAGAUUGUUGCGAAUAAUGUUGCGCCAAGAGAGGGAAAGAGUAUCAACGAGCAGGGGGGCUGGCAGAUUGUGUUCCAUGAUGAUAGUCACUUUGGCCACGACAAGUCAAUUGAGAUCAGACAAUACGCAAAACUUCCUGACAGCAUACGACCAACUAUGUUCUAUGCUGGAGACGGAGUCUCAGAUCUUUCAGCUGCUAAAGAGACAGAUUUGUUGUUUGCAAAGAAGGGACAUGAUCUCGUCACAUAUUGUGUACGUGAAAACGUUCCUUUCACAGAGUUCGAGAGCUGGUUCUCGAUUUUGGCUACUGUGAAGGAUAUCGUUGCCGGGAAGACUACAGUGAAGCAGGUUUCUGCUCAAGGAGUUGAGGACUUCAAGAAAGGAGUCGAAGUGAAACAUUAGAAAUGGUGACGUGUUGCAUAUAGACAUAGACCAAUUGACAGAGAGUUAUCACCAGUUGUUCGUAGUUCCGCAUAUAUCUCUUACGUGCAGAGUUCGCAUGUCGAUGUUACUCGGGCAGAGUAUAGAUUUAGACCGAUUAAAUCCACCCUCUGGAGGCUCCUCAUCAAAGAUACUUGCUCUGCCCUGAUGCCAUGCGAACUAG